CACCGCAUAUAAGCCUUAAAAGCCCACCAACUCAACGCACUCUUUCUAAUCCGCUUGCCUUGCUUGUUUCACGGGACAGAACCUUCCUCUUGCUCAGACACCAUGGCUCUCUCUGUCCACAGUGGCUCUUCCCGACAGCUCUCCUCAUACAGUGUUGGUGGCGGGGGUGGCGGGGGGUCUGUCAGACUGUCUAGCGGCAUAGGGUUUAGCGGCGGCUCCAAAUUUGCUGGAGGUUACUCAGCAGGUGGUUAUGGAGGAGGAAGCCUGAGUGGAGGGUAUGGAAUGGGCUUGGGUGCAGGUCUGGGUGGUGGGUACGGAGGGGGCUUGGGUGGCGGUUUCGGGGGUGGCCUUGGCGGUGGCGGCGGUGGCUUUUCGAGCGGCUUUGUGAGCAGCAUGGGCGGCAUGGGCGGCGGCUUUGGGGGAGGGGAUGGGGGUCUCCUGAGUGGCGACGAGAAGCAGACCAUGCAGAAUCUCAAUGACCGCCUCGCGAACUAUCUGGGCAAAGUCCACGCUCUGGAGGAGGCCAACACAGAGCUGGAGCGCAAGAUCAAGGAAUGGUACGCAAAGUACAGCACUCCGGACACCAGCCGAGACUACAGCAAAUAUUUUAGCAUCAUCGAAGAUCUUCGGAACCAAAUUGUUAGACACACCAUUGAGAAUGCUGGGGUCGUUCUGCAAAUCGACAAUGCUCGGCUGGCUGCUGAUGAUUUCAAACUUAAGUAUGAGAACGAAUUGUUCCUGCACCAGAGUGUGGAGAGUGACAUCAAUGGCCUGAGGAGAGUCCUGGAUGACUUGACCAUGACUAGGUCCGACCUCGAGUUGCAGAUCGAAGGCUUGAAUGAGGAGCUUGCCUACCUCAAGAAGAAUCAUGAAGAGGAACUGAUGAGCUUCCGAGGGGUAACCAGCGGAGACGUCAACGUCGAAAUGGACGCCGCUCCCGGAAUUGACCUGACCAAGCUACUGAACGAGAUGAGAUCCCAGUAUGAGGAGCUCGCGGACAAGAACAGGAGAGAGGCAGAAGAGCAGUUCAACAAGCAGGUUGGAGCUCUGAGGCAGGAGAUAUCGGCCAACGUGGACCAGCUGAGCACGGGCAAGAGUGAAGUUACGGAUCUGAGGCGCACGCUGCAAGGCCUGGAACUGGAACUGCAGGCUCAGCUUGCCAUGAAACAAUCCCUGGAAGGCACUUUGGCGGAAACAGAACGAAAUUACUGCGACCAGCUUGCGCAAUUACAGGGUCAGAUCGCUGGCUUAGAGGAACAGCUUCUGCAGAUUCGGGCUGAGAUGGAGAACCAGAAUGCAGAAUACCAGCAGCUGUUAGGCAUCAAGACACGCCUGGAGAAGGAGAUAGAGACCUACCGCCGCCUACUGGACGGAGAAGGGGGUGGUUUUGGGUCUUAUGGAUCUUCGAGCCACAGUAGUUCUAUGAGUUACGGAGGCUCUGGCAAAGAGUCGACAAAAACAAGAAUGGUUAAGACGAUUGUGGAAGAAAUGGUUGAUGGCAGAGUCGUUUCAUCCCAGGUCAAAUCAGUCGAAGAGAAGCCGACUAAAUAACCAUCAAGAAUCCCUUUUUCCCAUGUCAUGGCAGAGCAGCAAGAAAGGAAGCCUUCAAGAGAAAUCAUUUCUUCUUUAGAAAAGCCUCUUUCUAGAAGUCCCUCACUUCUUUCCUCUCUUUUUUAAAACAAGUCAUCAAAGCGCAUUCUGAAAUCCUGAUUUCUUUUAGCUGUGGUAGUUCAAUAAACCUUUUUUUACUGUUUGCAUACCA